GGAAGAAUAAAGAAAAACAAGAGAAAAAACAAAAUCACUCAAGUAUAUUAUAAAAUACCUAAUAUGCAGAGCUAGAUUUGAAGAAAAGAAAAUUCAAUGUUGAAUGAGAAAUCUAUCAUAUAUCUGCUAUACAAUUAUGAGUCCUACUACACAAGAUUACAAUUUAAAAUACAUACAAACCCCUCUGAUGUGUUGACUUUCCUGAUUAGUUAUUAGUAGAAUUAUCUGUUGAAUUUCACAGAGAUAAAAAUUGCAAGAAUAGAUAUGUUAACUCACACUAAACACUUUCCUCUCAAGUGUCCAAUAUGUGAGCAAAGCUGUUCAACUCUAUCUGCAAUGAAAGUUCAUAUGUUAUGUCAUACUGGAGAACGUCCCUUUAUAUGUUUGACAUGUGAAAGAACAUUUUUCCUACUACACCAAGUUAAGAGUCAUUUGUUGAUACACUUUCGGAAGGGUCCCUAUGAGUGUAUUGUAUGUAGGAAAACCUUUACAUCCAAAAGCCACGUGAAGACACAUAUUGCAAUGGUUCAUACAGGAGAGAGACCUUACAGGUGCUCUACAUGUCAAAAAUCCUUCGCAAGGAAAGGUGAUAUGAAAAAACAUUUAUUGGUUCAUACAGGCGAGAGACCUUACAAGUGUACUACAUGCGGAAAAUCCUUUAAAGCGAAAAGCAAUAUGAAGGAGCAUACAAAGGUUCAUACGGGGGAGAGACCUUAUAAGUGCAUUACAUGUGGAAAAUUCUUUGCAUUUAAAAGUUGUAUGAAGAAACAUAUUGCAAUGGUGCAUACAAGAGAGAGGCCUUAUGAGUGCACAUCAUGUGAAAAAUCAUUUACAACCAAAAGUGAUAUGAAAAAACAUUUAUUGGUUCAUACAAAAGAGAGACCUUACAAUUGCUCUACAUGUGGAAAAUCCUUUACAACCAAAGGCGUAAUGAAGUUACAUUCAUUGGUUCAUACAAGAGAGAUACCAUACAAGUGCACUACAUGUGGAAAAUUCAUUGCAUCAAAAGGCUAUAUGAAAAUACAUAAAUUAAUUCAUAAAGGAGAGAAACCUUAUAAGUGCACUACGUGUAAAAAAUCCUUUACAAUGAAAAGUUAUAUUAAAAGACAUUCAUUAGUUCAUACGGGGGAGAGACCUUACAAGUGCUCUACUUGUGGAAAAGCCUUUGCAACCAAUAGUGAUAUGAAGAGACAUUCAUUGGUUGAUACAGGAGAGAGAUCUUACAAGUGCUCUACAUGUGGAAAAUUCUUUGUGUCUAAUACUGUUAUGAAGACACAUACUAGACAGGUUCAUACAGGAGAGAGAUCUUACAAGUGCUCUACAUGUGGAAAAUUCUUUGUGUCUAAUACUGUUAUGAAGACACAUAUUAGACAGGUUCAUACAGGAGAGAGACCUUAUAAGUGCUCUUCAUGUGGAAAAUCCUUUACAACCAAAGGCGUAUUGAAGAUACAUUCAUCGGUUCAUACGGGAGAGAGACCUUAUAAGUGCUCUUCAUGUGGAAAAUCCUUUACAACCAAAGGCGCAUUGAAGAGACAUUCAUCGGUUCAUACAGGAGAGAGACCUUAUAAGUGCUCUACAUGUGGAAAAUCCUUUACAACCAAAGGCGGAUUGAAGAGACAUUCAUCGGUUCAUAUGAAGAGAGACCUUACAAGUUUACAUGUGGAAGAUUCUUUGCAUAAAAAAACAAUAUGAAGACACAUGCAUUGGUUCAUAUAGGAGAGACACCCAAUAAGUGCACUACAUGUGGAAAAUCAUUUGCGUCUAACUUUUUAUGAAGAGACAUACAUCGGUUUAUACAGGAGAGAGACCUUAAGUGCACCUUAAGUGCAUGUAGAAAAUAAAAAUCCUCAACUUAAUGUAAAUGGAAGAAAUACAUUAUCUUGUUGUUAAACAGGAGAGAGUUCUUACAUGUGCACUACAUGUUUAUAAUCGUUUUGAUUUAUAACCUGUAUCAAAUUAAAAUCAAAUCAAAUAAAAUCAUCUUUAUUUAAGCUGUACAUUCAUACAUGAAUAGAGUCACAGAAAGAAAAAAAACACCAAAAGUACAUUAAGUUUCUUAUUUUAUUUAAAACAAUGGAUAAAUCUGUGAAAUACAACCCUUUAUCAGUAAUAUUGAUUGUGUUAAUUUAACAAGAACUAUAGUUUUUAACUUUUUUUUUACUCUUUUUGUUGGCUAAAUAACGAGGGGUCUAAAACUAUAAGACAAGUUUAUU